GUUUUCUGACGUGCUACACGCACUUGGACGUUCAGCAGCCUUUUUAGGAAAAGAUUCCAGUCACAAGCAGUGUAACUCAGACAAAGAGGUGCUUAAAUCUUUCCGAAAUCUGAAAACGCAGCCGUUCUUCUCCGUCCUUCAGUUUUCCACCUUGUCAAACCAUCUGAAGAGUUACUUCCCUCGUCAGGAGCGGCACCAUCAGAUGACUUGCUCGAGACUUCAGGACAUGUGUGUAGUGUUUGCUGGGCCGUUCCCCACAGGCUUCUCUGACGGAGACGUGAAGCAGCUGUUUAGUUUCUGCGGAGCCGUUCGAAAAGUCAAGAUGUUGAACACAGUGGUCAGGGUACACGCAGAGAUUGAGUUUGAGUUGCUGGAGGGAGCGAUGCUGGCGGUAAAAACUCUGAAUGGCCUUAAUGUGCUCGGGCAGACUAUAAAGGUACAGAGGCCGGUGUGUGAGUCAAUGCUAGAUCUGGAUGUGACUCUUAAAGCACUGAUGGGUGACGCUCUGAAUGCUCGUCACCUCUACGCUGUUAAAAUGAACCACAGUAUGACUGAGUGCAUCAGCACUUCCACAAAAGUUAAUGGGCAUGUGUCAGAUGCUGAAUGCUUAGAUGUCACUCCUGUGAAAACAGUAAACGGGCUACUUCCUGCUAAAAUAAACAAAUGGUUGCAUCUCAGUACCUCUAAAUCUGAACUGUGUGAGGAGUCAGUCAGAGAGACAUUUGGCCACUUUGGCACAGUGAAGAGAGUCAUCCUAUCUGCCAAGCCUAAAGAAUCCACAGGACGUGCACGCAUAGUGUUUGUGAAUUCAGAGGACAGACGCGCAGCGCUCAACUCUUCUGAGGAUCUGUGGAAGAAGAACUACCUCAUCUGUCCAUCGCUGACGCCGGUCCAUUUGCCUUCAUGGGUUGGAGCGGAGAUUAAGGCGACAACCCACAGGCACAGCAGCGCUCAG